AACACUCUCAGAAGCUUUUUAAACAACUGCAUCAGUUUUACACAAAGUAAACAGGCCGUACCUUCAUUAUGGGUACCUACUGGACAAAUAGCGGAAAAAAGAUCAACGCCAGAAUAGUGCAAAAAUCUCCCAAUGUUUUAAGCUUAUCUAUCGAAAACACUGAACUACACUUCGAACGAUUGCUACGAUUGAAGGUGGCUGCAGUUGCACUUUUUCUUUAUGCAUUCAUUCUUCUUGCGGCCGGAAACAGCUCGUCAAUCCUUUGGUUUCACGGGGUAUUUGCUCUGUUCUUCGUGACCAUUAUUUAUAGUUAUUCAAGGAUAGUCAAGAACGAGAAUCUAGUCUUAGUGAAAGAUUUUGCUUUACAAUAUUCGACCCAUUUUAUCGGUGGAGGGACCAAGAACGUAUUGAUUCCGAUUAAGCAUAUUCAUGACGUAGUGAUCAACGAAGUAUUCCUUAAUCUUAAAGUUGUCUUCACGAUAUCAGUUCUCACCAAAGGAACUCUAUUUAAAAACAAACCCAUUAUUUCUUUGCUGAAUCAUUUGAAUCCACGUGUGGAAUGUCUCGAGAUGAUUUACAACGAGUUACAUACUAUUUUGGAUAUAGAGAACGAUUAAAAUUCACAUAAACAUAAAAUCGGUUUUUCAUCAGUGUUUCUGUGCGUUUUGCUUGCGAAGCUGCAAGAGCUGAUGAGCGCGACUGUGAAGUUCUCUCAUUUGUGUCGGCGUUUCACGCAGUCGGGCUCCUUCUAGGUCUACUUCACAAUGAUUAUUUAAAAUAUCCAGAUUCUGGCAAGAAAUAAUAAACUUGGCUUCCGCCUGAAACAUGAGAAGCAAAUAAAAUACACUGAAGAGAAGAAAAUGUUUAAAAUCUCACCAAA